UACAUGUUGUCAUAAAACUGUCAAAACGCGGGAAUAAAAAUAAAGGCGUGCACGCUCAAUGUGAGAUUGGAAAAUUGUGUGUGUUUAUUUGGAAUCAGUCACCAUUUCUACACCUAACAAGGUUUUGUGAUAAAGAAGCUUGUUUAGCUGUGCAAUUUAUGCUGUUUGCGGUCGUUUUAACAAACAAAUUUACCAAAAAAUGUGUGUAAGGAGUUGUACAACAUCGUAAACACAACAGUGCAUUAGUUGGAUAGUGUGUUGGCUCCAAGCUCCAAGGUCCUUUGAGCGGACCUUCAAACUCAUUAGAAGUGACCUCAAGCAUCUCUGAUUCGCUUCCUCCGACACGGAUUUGUAUGUGUUUCGCAGCCAGUGUGGCUCUGCCUGUGCUACGUCCAACCAAACACCAGAAGCGGCAAUACGGCGUGCUUCAAAAAUAGAUGAUUCCAUCAAGAAAAAGCAAUAUUGUCCUGCAACAUUAAUGUGACCGCAGAUUGUUUGAGAAGCAGUUGCAGCUGGCGUGCGAACGGUAUGUUGGCCUUCGUUGGUAGCCGUUCGUACUGUGUAUACACAGUGUGAGAUUGUUGGCUCGUACGAAAAGUUGUGCGGUUUCGUGCCUCAAGUGAGACAGUGCAGUUUGGGGUGGGCUAAUGAGCGAGGGAAGUGCGCUGAGAUACGCAAAUACGACAGCACGUGCAAGACAAAGGACGUCUGUUUCAUCGAGAAGAUCAAACGAAACAAACCAGCAUUCCGACCGUGCGACAUCGAGUGAUGAUCGUUUUGUUUACUGUUGUGCGGCUAGUUGUAGAUCACCAAUCAUAAUCAAUGUUUCAGACAUGCCGCCUCUGGAACCUCAGUAUUGCAAGCGUGCUAGCCCUAACGCUGUCCAAUGUGUUCCUUACCGUGCGGCUGCUGCACAGCGGCGACUGCAACCAGUACGGCAGCCAGGUGGAGGAAGGCGUCUCGAUGGUACCGCGCGCCCCGAUCCUAACGCCAGCCACCUGUCUGGAGUACGUGCUGGCCGAAAGUCUGGCCAACAGCACGGAUAAGGCCGUAUUUUCCGGGCUGGAUCUGCGCCUGGGACGGUGGGAUACGCGCCGGCUGUACAAAAUCUUCGACUACGCCGUCGUCGGCGAACGCUUUCCCGACCUGUCCGACACGUACAGCGUCUGUCUGGCGACGCAGAGUUCGCUCGAAAAGAUCUACUCGCUCGUGCAGGUGGCCCAUCACUGGUCCGGCCCCAUCUCGACCGCCAUCUUCGCGGCGGGCAACGAUGAGUUGUACCUGGUGCAGAUCUACCUAUCCUAUCUGCGGGCCUGCUUCCGGCCGAUCCGGGAACGGGUAAGCUUCCAUCUGGUGCUGCCAAGGGAGCGAGCACCGACGCACCUCAAGAGCGUGCACGUGAGCGAUUUCACCAAGUUUGACUGUGCCAAACCGGAGGCGACACUAAACGAUCUGCUGAAGCUGCGCAAGGCGGACACAAGCAAGUGGCGCAUCAAAAACCCAUACCCGCAGAACCAUCUGCGCAACGUGGCGCGCAAGGGUUGCCAGGGCGGGUACGUGUUUCUCACCGACGUAGACAUUGUGCCGAGCGUCAGCUUCGCCGAGCAGCUGGACAAGUUUCUGCGGAAGCAGAAACCGCACCACCUGACCGCGUUCGUCGUGCCGACGUACGAGCUGGACGAGCGGGUGCGGUUCCCGCGCAACAAGACUGAUCUGAUACGGCUGGCGAACAAGGGGCUGGCGCGACCGUUCCAUCACAAGGUGUUUAUCUACAACCAGUUUGCGACCAACUUUUCCCGGUGGCAGGCAGACGUGUCCGAGAGCGACGAAACGAAGGUGUCGCACAAUGUGACGAACUUUGAGUUUCUUUAUGAACCGUUUUAUGUUGCACCCGACACGGUACCGCCGCACGACGAGCGGUUCCUCGGCUACGGAUACACACGCAACACCCAGGUGUACGAAAUGUUUGUGGCAGGCUAUCAGUUCCAGGUGCUGACGCCUCUGUUCACGGUGCACUGGGGGCUGCAGAACAAGAAGAGCCGUCCGGCGUGGCGCGAGCGUCAGAACAACGUCAAUCGCAAGUACUUCGAGGUGUUCAAGCGCGAAGUGUUUGCACGCUACCACAAAGAUCCGCUGCGCAUGCUGCUGCCAAAGAAGUCGCCCAAACAGCAGCAACAGCAGCAACAACAGCAGCAACAUGCCGCAGGUGCAGUCGGCCUGGGGGUGGCCGGAGCAGUCGGUGCUGGUGGGCUCGGGGAGAAACAUUAGCAAAGCAAUAAGGGACAGCGGGAAGCAGACGGCUGCUAGCGUUGGAACGACAGGAGCAGGUUGAAUUAUAGAAAAAAAAGUGUGCGAUCGAUAUUGCAUUUCGGGUAACACACCCGGGGAAAAGGCAUGUAAAUUAUUAUGAAAACGAAUCACCAAUAAAGACAUCAGACCGAUCCGAACGAGCGGUACAAAUGAUACGGCGACCGUCGUGCCAGUAAGGCGCAUCGCAAACAACUCACUCACAUGGAAGGUUACGUUUGAAAUAGGGUGAGAUAGGUGCACGAAACCCAAAACACAUAACACUCUCACAGACACACAACAUUUAGAGGUGAUUUUUAAGCUACGCUAUGCCAGAAGUUUCUCCCCGUUUCCACACGUCCACGUUCACGCUGGACCUGGUUUAGCCCGAAGACGCGUUCGUUUGUUUGUUAGAAGAGCACCCUGAUAAACGGCCGCACAGCAAUUACCUAUUGGAACUUGAACUAAUACUUUGUAAUUUUCGUUUCUUCGUUUUUUCAUUCCCGCAUAAGAAUGCCAAAGUUUGCCACAUUGUUCGUACACUCGUGUAAUUUUAGGUGUUUUGUUACCGAUGUGAACUGUUUCUAGCCAAAGCGUAUUGCUUACUACUUACGCCACAAUGCGCCCGUGUUAUUCUCGAAAACGUUUAACCACCCCACACACAUACACACGUAUUGGGCGUCCAAUGUCAGCCAUGUUUAGAUAAAAUUAUAGCCCAUACGAAAUCCUGAAAUUGAUCUCAUCGCGUUUUAGAGCGGUUCGAAUUCUUAUGCUUUUUGUGCUAAAAUGAAUUAUAACAGUCCAUCCCCCAUGCUCUAGCCUAGCCUUUGCGUUGUUUGUUGUUUGUCCGUUUUGUAAAUAGCGUGUAUUUUGUAAGCUGGUAGGUGAACAGGGAAGGAUUGUAUGAACAAUUGCCAUAAAUAAAUGUGACCGUUUUUUCGUUUCUUUUUGAAUUUUCA